AUGUUAUCAUCAAGCAUAUUAUUAGAUUAUGAAGAUUUGAAAGCGAGAAGCAGUGUGGAAUCGACGGAAAUUCACGCAUUCGACGAUAUCAAACAACUUAUAGAGGAAAAUGAAGGACAGCACAGUUCGACACUGCCUCAGGCUAGCUUCAAUUUCAUCAAUUCCAUAAUCGGAAGUGGCGUUAUAGGAAUACCAUAUGCAUUGCAUCAAGCGGGCUUCGGCUUGGGUUUAUUUCUGUUGAUCUUCGUGGCGUUCGUUACGGAUUAUUCGUUAAUAUUAAUGGUGAGAUGCGGGCAUCUUUGUGGAAGAUUCAGUUAUUCCGGUGUUAUGGAAUGCGCUUAUGGAAGACCAGGAUAUUAUUUUCUCAGUUUACUUCAAUUUGUUUAUCCAUUCAUAGCAAUGGUAUCGUACAACGUAGCAGUCGGUGACACUUUGACCAAAGUUCUGAUACGUUUGCUGUCUCUGGAUGAGGACUCACUGCUGGCUGAUAGACAUUUCAUAGUCCUGGUGUGCACCGUGUCCAUAGUAACGCCUCUCUGUUUGUACCGAGAUGUUGCAAGGCUAGCUCGAGUAUCUUUCGCCAGUUUAGCAUGUGUCGCCUUCAUCCUGGUCACUGUCAUUUACAAGAUGGUAUCUGGAGAAUAUGAUAUUGUGCCACAUGGCAAAGAUUCCUGGAGUUUUGCCAACUCCGACAUUGUUCCAGCAAUUGGAAUUAUGGCUUUUGCAUUCAUGUGUCAUCAUAACACUUUCUUGGUUUAUGGAAGUAUUGCUGGAGCAACUCAAAGCCGUUGGGACAAAGUGACCCACAGUUCCGUGUUCUGCGCCCUUGUGGUGGCAGCUUUGUUCGGAGUAGCAGGAUAUGCAACUUUUACUUCGCAUUCGCAAGGUGAUCUUCUGGAGAACUAUUGUUGGGAUGACGAUUUGAUAAACUUUUCCAGAAUUUUAUUCUCGAUAUCAAUCCUUCUAACUUUUCCGAUUGAAUGCUUCGUCACAAGAGAGGUGUUGCAUAGUGUAAUUGGUGGAAACGUAAUUGCUGGAUCGACACCGUUGCCAGCAAUCGGGGGCCAAAACUCAUCGGAAGACAACGAUUCAGACAAUUGGGGCCACAAAGGACUAACAUUAGGAAUUAUUGCAGCUGCUUGUUUGAUAUCGACUGCAACAGAUUGUUUGGGACCCGUCCUUGAGUUAAAUGGAGUACUGGCUGCCGUACCAUUGGCCUACAUUCUUCCUGGUUUAGCGUAUCUUCGCCUGGAGCAAGGCGGAAUAUUCGCCAGGCACAAAUUGCCGGCCCUAGGGCUCGCCUUGUUCGGCCUAUUUGUGGCCCUACUUGGUCUAGCCUUUUUAUUUGUUAACUUUGACACUGUUGAUACUUGCACGCACGGUAAAGUUAUGAAAUACUGCCUGCACAAUGAAACUUUGAGCACAACAAUGACAACCAUCAUCAAAGGGAGGCCAUAG